AUGGUAGGUAAAAUAAAACACGUCCGACAGAAGUUGCACCAGGAGGCGGUAAAGUAUGAGCCAAGUACCCGCUCUCAGGCCCCUCUGCCCGGGCUUCUGUCUGACAAACCUCCCGUUCUCCUCCUGGGGAUCCAAAAUGCCAAUGCUGCUGAAGUGAAGGAUGACACUGCUACAGCUACACCUCAGACCCAGUUUAAAACCCAGAGCUCGUUUCCAUCUGGAAUCUUCUCCGGGACAAAGAUAUCGACAGACGCCCUUAAACAGACGCUGAAGUUUGAACAACCUCCAGAUGUUCCCCCAGAGGCUAAGAAAAGUGCGGAGGAGAGGAAGCUGAAGAGUAAGAAGGAGAAGAUGAAGGAGCGUCGCGAUCGCUGGCUCAACAAGAUCAGCUCCAUAAAGCAGACCCGGGAGCAAGAGUUGGCCGCAGCGCGAAGGAAGAACACUCCAGUUGUGGGAGACCUGCGGCCGCUCGUCGACGCUCUACCAGAACUAAGCCAGCUGCUGACGCCCAACAAGCUAACGGCUAAUGACGGCAGCAAAGCGAGCCGCAAGAAGAGCAGGAAGAACAGCAGGUGA